CUCCUCCAACCUUUGCUGCGCGUCAUCCCGUCAGGCCGGAUCUCCGUCUCCAAUCCUCUUUUCGAACUUAUUCAAUCGAGACGCGUAGCAAUGGAUGACUCUACAGCAUUUGACUCUCCGGGAGCCGCGGCAUCGCCGGCGGCCAACCCUGCCCUCUCGCAGCCACCGUCGCAAUCCAAUGUCAAAAGCCAAGAUUCUCAAGACGUGCAUAUGUCUGAAGAAUCCUCAAGCGCAGAGCCGAUCACUCAGGGCGGCGAAAGCCCUGCAGCUGGCGCGGCGGUGGACGCAAGCGAUGUGCCGAGCGACUCGGCUGCGCCCAACACUGCCGGCCGUCUCGAUGAAGAGAUGGGCGAUGUGUCUGAGGAGAAGCCAGGACUUCCUGCUGGCUCAAACGAUGCCGCCACAGCCUCAAACGGCGGGGUAGAAACCAAAUCGAAGGAGGCCUUUGAAUCGGCCGCCAGGGAUCAUCUCAUCUCUCAGACGCAUGCGAUCGUGCUGCCGAGCUACAGUACCUGGUUCGACAUGAACAGCAUCCACGACAUCGAGCGCAAAGCGAUGGCGGAAUUCUUCAACAACCGCAAUCGAAGCAAGACUCCGGCUGUCUACAAAGACUAUCGCGAUUUCAUGAUCAACACGUAUCGACUGAACCCGGUUGAAUAUCUGACGAUGACAGCCUGCCGUCGCAAUCUUGCCGGCGACGUUUGCGCCAUCAUGCGCGUUCAUGCGUUCCUCGAACAAUGGGGCCUAAUCAACUACCAGGUUGAUGCCGAUCAGCGACCGUCGCAUGUUGGUCCGCCGUUCACAGGGCACUUCAAGAUUAUAUGUGACACACCGCGGGGACUUCAGCCCUGGCAGCCUGCUGCAGACCCUGUGGUUUUGGAAGGCAAGAAGAAUCGCGACACCGAUGAAAAGGCUAAUGCUUCAGUCCCCAGCAAGGGUGAUCUGAACUUGGGGAUCGGUCGCAACAUCUAUGAGGCCAGUGCUAAAGGGACGCCCAUCACAAAGUCAGAAAGCCAACGGAAUGGCGAUGACGCUUCCAUCGAAGAAGCCGCCAAGGUCCCAGUGGCCAAGGUCAACUGUCACCAGUGCGGUAACGAUUGCACUAGGAUAUACUACCACAGCUCCCAGUCGGAUGCCAGGGGUAAAGCGAAGUUCGAUCUCUGCCCCAACUGCUUCACCGAGGGCCGGUUGCCUGCGAACCACAGUUCCAGCAUGUACUCCAAAGUGGAAAACCCGACGUACACAUCCGUCCUCGACCGAGAUGCACCGUGGACCGACGCCGAAAUCCUACGCCUUCUCGAAGGCCUCGAGCGGUUCGAUGACGACUGGGGAGAGAUUGCGGAUCACGUCGGUACUCGAACGAGGGAAGAAUGUGUGCUGCAGUUCCUCCAGUUGGACAUUGAAGAGAAGUACCUUGAUUCGGAGGCGCCUGUGAACAAUCCUACGGGCUUAUCCAUGCUGGGCAGUCAGCACGGCCACCUGCCUUUCAGCCAGGUAGACAACCCUGUCAUGUCCGUCGUGGGCUUCCUGGCAAGCCUGGCAGACCCAGCCAGCACUGCUGCCGCGGCAAACAAGUCAGCAGAUGAGCUCAAGCGCAACCUGCGAAAGCAGCUUGACGGUGCGGACAAGGCAAGCAACACCGCGGCGGGGGAGAAGAAGGACAACGAGGUCGACAAGGCAGAAUCCAUGGAUGUGGAUUUCCGACAGACAGUCACGACCACGACUACUACGACAACAUCGACCACCAAGACAUCGCUUGCGUCCAUUCCCUUGGCAUCUAUCGGUGCUCGCGGAGCCGUGUUCGCAUCACAUGAAGAGCGAGAGAUGACGAGACUGGUUGCAGCGGCCUCCAACGUAAUGCUCCAAAAGCUCCAAAUGAAGCUCAAGUACUUUGAUGAGAUGGAAGAACUGCUGCGAGAGGAGCGAAGAGAACUGGAACGUGGCAGGCAGCAGCUAUUCUUGGACAGACUGGCCUUCAAGAGACAGGUUCAGGCCAUUCAAGACACGUUGAAUGCGGCGGCUGAAGUAGGCGGAGUUCAGGGUGCGCGAAUGGCCCAGGACAUCAAUAUGGACGGCGAGAAGCUGGGGUUCCAACCCGUUCUGGAGGGUCAGUCGAUGUUGCCACCGAGCAGCAGCAGUCAGGUCAAGACAUUUGAAGCAUAGAGGUCUCUUAUUCUGGGAGGCCUUGGAGUUGGAGAGCUUGGAAAGGAAGCAAAAUAGGCACUUGCUGACUUGAUAAUGUAUGGUCUGGGGAGUUUGGGAUAUUAUGCUGCGAAAGAGGAUCAUUAACCUCGUUAACUUUUUCCCUGGACGGGUGUAUCAGUA